AUGAGCUGAGCUGUGUGGGAGUAGAUUAUAGUCGGGUGUAGGAGCUGACUCAGGUGUUCUCCAUGGCCAGUCCCGUCUCGGACACUCCUCUCUGUCGGCGCAACAGCAAACUGGAGACGUUUCUGAAGAGAACUGCUCAGCGGGACGUGUACGAGCGGGUCCGGUACUACGAGGCGUGUGUAGUCGUGUCACAGGAACUCGACAAGGUGUUCAUGCACGCUGUGCUCACCGACGACUCCAUUUACCUGACCGAGUUUCACCCACGCACACUCCACAGGGCUCUCCACUUCAGUGUGAUUGUGCACAUCGAGCUGAUCAAUGAUCUACCAGACUUCCUCAGUGGCAAAGACCAAGAGCAGUCACUUCAUAUACGUGUUGUGCAUACACAUGCAAAGGAUGUUGGGAAACAUGGCUCAAGAAACAAUGGGUCUGCCCUGACCAAGCCUCAGUUUGUUGCCACACCCUGUCAACAAGACAACUAUGAACACAGCUGCUCUCUGGAGGGAAUCAGCAGGGUUCAGCAGGAUGCUGACGGGAGAAGGUCUCCAUCUUGGAAUAGAGACGGCAGAGAUGGAUGCAAAUGCAAAAGAAAGAGUAAGAGCUCUGUUCUGGCCAGAAUGAAAAAAGGAGUAGCUGGGGAAAAAGAGAAAAAAAUUGAGGAAGAAGAGAAGAAAGAGGCUGAGCUUCAUCUGUAUGCUGUGAUGCUCACAUCACAAAUAUAUGUUCACCUGCAAAGAUCCUGGAACAGUUAUAUCAUGAGAUCCACACUGAUGCUGAGGACAUGCACCGUGUCGUCCUCCCCCUCGUCCAAGAAACACCAACACAAAAUCAGCUGGGAGCGGACGUGCCACCUGUUCAGUCAGCUGAGUGGGGAGCUGUUACAGGACGAGCUCAGCUUGGAGAGUUUGUACCUGCUGCUUCAGGAGCUCUGUACCGCUGCACAUCACAACCCCGCCGUCAAAACACUCUUCUGGAGGUCACCUGAGCUCUAUCCAUUCCUGGUGAAGACGCUGGCUAAAAGCUUGCAGCUCUCUCAGGACAGACUACAUACUGCUGACAGACUACUGCUUUCCAUGUUAGUGGUUCAGACCAUGAGCCUGAUGUUUGGUGAGACGGAGAAAGGACCUGCUCGAUUUAAGAUACUACCAUCCAUGCAGGGAAGCGUGACAGCAGCCUUGCUCUUGGCUUUAGUGUGUGAUCCAGAGCUAAAGACUCAUAAUUGCAAUUCUCCAUCUCACACAGAGCUACAUGUCUUACAAGCAGAGUAUCUGGAUGCAGCAUCUGUUCUGCUUUUUGAGGUGGUGAUGUUCUGCCAGAAAACGAGUCGCAUCCCGAAUGUAGAACACUUUCUGACUGUGGCCUGGGUUUUUCAAACACUUAAAGCCCAUCCUUUCUUUCUCCUGUUUAUGGGUUAUCAGGCCCAGCGUGUGGUUCUGGCACUGUCAUUUUUGUCUGAGUCUCCCUUGAGCCCAUUCCAGGCUGUCCUCCUGUACCAGCGGUGCUACCUGCUCCUGACCUGCAUGCAGCACAACACCUGUGUGAACUCCUACAUUAUUACAGAACUCAAAGAGGAGUUCAGGUAUUAUGUGAGAAAAUCAGGGCUAGAGGACAAGCUUCCCUCCCACUAUCCCAUUAGUAGGCCAGCACAGCAUCUCCUUUCCCAGCUGCUCAGCCUGGUGCUCGACAAGCCCUGAACUAUGAACCUUUGUUAAUCAUGAGUACUGUUUACAGCCAUCUGUCUCACAAAAACAUUUGUACAAAUAUCCUGUAAGCCCUGAAUAAAUUGGUGUUUUUCUUUUUUUAUCUUAUUAACUGAUGACCAUGGAUCCAUAACUGGUGCAUUAUGUGCUUUGCCAAUUGUGGGGAAUAAGUAGUAGGGCAGAGUAAUUUAAGGUCUCUCAUACUGUGUGAAGAAAGCUAGAAUAACACUUUUUUCACAAGGAUACUCUGACCAGGAUAAGCGUUGUCGAUAAGAGUGAAGAGCUUUUGUUGUCGAACUGCAACAGCAACAUCAACACAAUUAAACAUAGUCUGUGUUCAUACAGGAUGUGUUUUAGGCCUACGUUGUGUAUAUAAAGGAAAUAUUUACUUCUAAUUGUUUGCUUCUGUGACUCCAAGAUCAUUUGCUAAAGUUUAUAUUCAUUCAGGUAUUCUGUUUCAUAUUAUGCAUGGCCUGUUCUACCUAGGCUCUUUCUAAAGAUGCAGUUUCAAUUCAGUUAAAUUUUCACAAAGCAGGUU